GUCUCCCGGCAAUCUCCGGGAUCACACGCGCCAAAUCGUCCACGUUGUGCGACGACCGACCAGUCAUGGAAAAUUUCGGCAAUAAACCCACAGACACGGCAACGACGAAUUAACAGUCCAGACAAGCGACAGAGAUCUAUCCAUCUACAUAAAACCUCGGGAACACCGGUAGGGUAGUAACGCAGCGUGUCCAUACUCCAUAGGAACAAUAAAGGGACGAGCCCAAGCCGCAAAUUCACAACAACAACAACAAAACAACGGAAGGAAACAGCCAAUCUUUUUUAUUUGUUUCUCUCCAGGUCAGAAUCUUCCGUCGUCUCUUCUGUGUUGCCGAUAUAAAACAGGGAAGGGAGAAGAUGAGCUCUCGUCAGCCAUCCUCCACCUCAAGGAGAGAAAGACAGUAAGAAGCAGCUAGAUUUGAGUUGGGUUGACGAUUCCCGCAACACCACCGACCUACUUGCUCUCCUUCAUCUAUUGAUUCUUCUCCUCCAUCGUAUAUACAUGUUUCAUCACUGGCUAUACGAAGACGUACGGGAUAACCAUUAGUGUUUUAAAGGGUUGGGGAUGAUGAAGCUGUUGUUGGAGAUGGAGAUGGAGAUGGAAGACCGCAGACCUCUGCUUCCUAGACUCGGCGUCGCUCUGGCCGUCCACCUAUCCAGCUACCUCGUUUCCCUUCUCAAGUUCCCGACCUCAGCCGCUGCUGCAGGAGACGAAUCAAAAAAGGGUCGUAAAUAUAGCAUGGCUGCACACAUAUGUGUUGGAAGUGGCCUAAAAGAUGGGCUACUAUUUCUACAAAAUAAAGACGCUCUGGCGAACAUCAUCCAUGGCACCUCCACAAAGCCCAGCAGCGUCACCAAAACUGCUCUAACUGCGACCACAAGCGACGACGACACUGAACAGUCCGCUACAAGUUCACGGGAUGAAGAGGGACUUCCGUUGCAGGAAGCUGAACAAGAAUCAGAGAGUUCUUGUCCCAAGAAACCUGUCAGCAUCGAGUUGGAGAACGAGAAGGCGAAAAUGGAUGCAGAAAUCGUGUACCUUAGCAACUUGGCGCAGGCACUUUGGGACAGGAACAGGAGCCUUGAGAUGGAAAUGCUCGAGUAUUAUGGAUUGAAGGAGAUGCAGGAGGCUGCCGUCAAAGAACUCGAGAACCAGCUGAAAUUAAACUCGGUAGAGGCGAAGUGUUUGUCUCUGAAGGUCGAGUCCUUGAUGGAUGAGAACCUAAGGCUCAAACUUGAGGCGUCAGAGUUCUCCGGAACAAUGCGAGAGCUUGGAUUGGCAAGAGCAAGAGUGAAGCAUCUCAAGAGGAGACAGAAAUAUAUUCACGUGCAGGCGAGGGAGAAGAUAAGCUCUCUGGAGAAAAGGAUCAGCUUGAUGCAUGCUAUAAAGCGCAGAGAGAGUCGAGACGAAGCCGAGGUGCAGAACAAGUUGAAGAGGGUAAAGGAGUUAGAAGACGAAGCUGGUGUACUGAGAAAGGAGAAUUCGAUGCUGACGCAGGAAAACUUGGACUUGGCACGAAGGCUGGAGUACGCAGAAUCGUCCAUCUCCACCACCCUUGAGAGAGUGCAGGCAAAAGCUGUAGAGGAAGUCAACCUACUGAGGGAAGCAAAUGAGAAGUUAAAGAACGAAAUCGAGCAUCAAACCGAUCGCUGCACCGACGUCGAGGAACUGGUCUACCUCAGGUGGCUCAAUGCCUGCCUAAGGUAUGACCAGAGGGACCAUCAUCCGCUUCCCGGGAAAACGAUAGCCAAGGAUCUUAGCAACAGUUUGAGUCCAGAAUCAGAGGAGAAAGCCAAACGACUCAUACUUGAGUACGCAUGUGCAGGUUUGGAUGAUGGAGACGUGAGUUUUAGGGACCUCGAAGCGGACUAUUCGUCUCUGGAAUCGACUGGUGAGGGUGAUGAUACUCCUCCGUUUGUGAUAAAAGACAUCAUCACCUCACGUAAACCAAAAUUCCUUGGCAAGCUUAAGAAGUUGGUGCUAAGAAAAGGCAGCAAGAACAACAAAGCUGCUUCGGUUGACGGAACUCCUGCAAUAAAUCCUUCAAGCUGUGCCACUCCCGAGAGACGAAGUUCCCUCGACGAGGCGACCGGAAGAAAUUCGUUUGACAGCAUCGCCUCUUGCUUCACCGAGGAGCAUUCAUUGACCGGUCAUCUGGCGAAAACUGGUGACACCGCUUGGUCUCGAGCUGCCUUUAGAUCCCCCUUCAAUCUUCCGGGAGAAAGGAGACUCAGGUUAGAAGAAGAGGGCAAGAGCGCACGCUGUAAGAGCGACCUAGGUACUUCCUUUGAGUACAGAAGGAGGGUCACCGGAGACGGCAAUACGAUUACGAUCGGUCAAGAUGAUUCGUUUCACCAAGGAGAACCUGAGACUGUUCGGAUAACCAAGUACGCGGAAGCUUUGAUGAGCUCUCGCGCUUCAUCAGAAGAGCCGAAGCAACGGUAAGAUUCCUGCUACUUACAGUCGAUGCCGACGUCGCUACUUGCUCUGAUACAUCGUUAGAGAAGCCGCCGAGUGACUUCUUUGCUAGCUUCGACAGUUUGAUUUGGCCGAGGACCAAGCUUUGUAACAUGAACGUUCAUCUCUAGUGUCAAUCAACUUUUCCGAUGCGCAUUAUUGGCAAACAUACUAUCAACGAAAUAUUUAAACGAGUGAAAAGAUCCAUGCAA